CUCGGCAAGAGGCUCAUUGGUCACUACAGGGGGCUAGAACUCAGUGAUGUGCCGCGAACUAAUGGCAUGAGCUUCUUCAUCAGCCUACAACCAACUUCGUCAUGAAAUCAGCUCAGAUGAUAUGAUCAUCACGAAAAGCCUUGCUGGAUAACGAAGUUAGACAUUGUGGUAUCAUCUGUUGAUGGAAAUUGUCUCAAAGAUUUGUGUAUGGCGACAACUCUCAAAGCAGGAAGUUGGCAUGGCCAACUUGGCCAUGCCAGCCUCUACGCAAACGGACGGACUUACACGUAACCAAAGUCUUGAUAGACCUGUAGAGCCGGCUUCUCCAAUUCCUGACGUGAUUGGAUUCUUCAAACUAGGAAAAAUUUCGAACAACUCUUUCGCCAAACGUCUCCCGAUCCUCAGGCGAAACUGGAAGCAUCGUCAUUUAAACGGAUACUGGUUGCAACUUGAAUCAUUUUGAUACAGUGGCGACAACAUCGACCAAAUUCGAGCUUCAAAAUCCGCAAGAGACAAAC